CUGAAACUCAAGACAGUUUACAAAAGCCCUGUGCGUCAUUCUUGAGGCCACUAGAGAGGACGCAGGAGCUGAAGAAGAAACACAUGCUGUUAACUGUCUGACUUGAUACAGUUUUCUUGUGAAGAGCUCAAAUAAACAGCAGCUUCAACGAUGAGGACAUCAUCAGUGCUGAUCUGUGCAGUGGUUCUGGUGCUGCUGCUCUGCCCGCUGAGGAGAACAGAUGCUGCGACCUUUCAAAGCGCUUUGCCACAUCCAAACAAAUACAAUCCAAAUGAAUCGGAGAGAUGUCUACAACCCCCCAUCGGCGGAUUAAUUUCCCGCGGGUCUGGGCCCGUAACCUCAACGGACGAAGUGCUGGAGUCCAGUCAGGAGGCGCUGCACGUCACGGAGCGUCGGUACCUGCGGCUGGACUGGUGCAAGACGCAGCCGCUCAAGCAAACCAUCCGCGAGGAGGGCUGCCUGAGCCGCACCAUCAUCAACCGGUUUUGCUACGGACAGUGCAACUCCUUCUACAUCCCGCGGCACAUUUACCAGGACGGAAACGCCUUUGAGUCCUGCUCUGCCUGCAAACCCAAAACCUUCAGCACCGUCACGUACACCCUCUUUUGCCCGGGACAAACGCCGAGCACCAGGAAGAAACGGGUGCAGCGCGUAAAGCAGUGCCGCUGCACAACCAUAGAUACGGACUAGACGGAAACACACAUGCUGGCAGAUAGUAUUCUCUUCCGAGGGAGGAAAAAUGCAGCUUUGCAAAAAUAGAAAAAUAAAAAAGGGAGAAGUUGCUUGGACACAUGAGAAUAAAGUGGUGAGGAACAUACCUGAGCCUUUGUUAUGGUUAUUACUGAAAGAGGAUAUUCAGCAAUACACCACUACAUUUGCUGAUAGAUAAUAAACAUAGGUGGUUGAUUGAGGUGUCAGGUUCCCUUUAUGGUGAUAUUUUGACCUGCAACUAUUAAUUUAUCACACUGAAAAAAUAUCUAGUCACUUCUCAGUCAUUACUUCACAGUCUUUGUGUGUGUGUGUGUGUGUGUGUGUGUGUGUGUGUGUGUGUGUGUGUGUGUGAGUGAGAGGUUUUGUUGGCAGUGGGUUUUAGAUGCAGGGACUUUGCCAAAGUUUCUCAUGACCUUGAGUGCCAAAGCGCUUGGGUUUAAGCUAAAUUCUUCAUCGUGUCUUAUUUCUUGUAGACAAACAGGCUGGUGGACGUGCAAGACUUAGCAGGAAAUGUAAGAGGACACAUCUUCAAAGGACUUGGAUGCUUUGAUUGUUUCCACUGUGUGGGAUGUAAAAGUCGAGGUCUUUCAUGAUAUAAAAGAUUUUCUUUUUUCUUUUUUUUCUACGACCUGCACUGCUAAAUGCCACUUCAUUUUACGACUGUGUAUAAUAUGUGUAUCAUGUAUUGUAAUGAUGCUUGUAAAUAAAACAUUUUUCAAGCUUUUACAUCA